AUGAAAAGCGGCGGCGCCUGCAGCUCUUCCCCCGCCGUCCCGGACCGCCCCACUGGGUCUCCAGCCCGCACCAUUCCCGUGCCCGCGGCAGCGCUGCUGUUGCCGCUACUGCUGCCGCCGCCGGCCCCAGCCGCCGGUCUGGAGGAGCAGGUGUUGCGGGCGCGGGACGCCUGUGGGUGCUGCGCGCUCUGCCUGGGGAGUGAGGGCGAGCCCUGCGGCGGCCGCAGCGCCGUCGGGGCGCCGCGCUGCGAGCCGGGGCUGCUGUGCGCCAGCUGGGGCGGCUCCGGCGCGGGCCCCGAGGGCUCGGGGGUCUGCGUCUGCAAGGACGCCGGCGCGGUUUGCGGCACCGACGGGCGCACGUACAGCAGCCUCUGCGCCCUGCGCCUCCGCCACUGGGUCUCCUUCCGCGGCGGCGCCCGCCGCCUCCGCAAGACGCACGGCGGCGAGUGCCAGAUCGCUCCUGUGAUCGUUGUGUCACCAAAGAAAAUUCACAAUGUCACUGGGGCCCAUGUGCACCUGUCCUGUGAACUGAAGGCAGUGCCCACUCCUGUCAUCGCUUGGAGAAAGGUCUCAGAGUCACGCAAAGGAGUCAAACUCCUGGAGGAGCUGCCUGGAGACAGAGCAAACAUGGCUGUUCAAGUUUGCGGAGGACUUUCGCAGCACAAAGGCAUGGGGCAGGGGGCGGGGGGCAUUGACCGACUAAUGAAGGAAGAUGAGGGGUUCUACCAGUGUCAUGCUACCAAGAUAGCUGGAGAGGCACAUGCAGAUGGGAGUAUCACAGUCCUAGAGCAGAACAAAAGCAAGAAGGAGACAUCCCUUCUGGCAUGGGACAGCCCUGCCUAG